GUCUGCUACCAAUGAACGGCGUCAAAGGGGCUCGCCUCAACAUAGGCCAAUGAUUUCCAGCUCAGCGAUUCUCAAAGGGACCGGUUUUGUCCAGUGCAUCAGACCACUACACACCACGAUAAUUGUCAACAUGCCUAUCAAGGUUGGGGAUAAGCUUCCUGCUGUGGAGGUUCAGGAGAAUGAGCCAGGCAAUAAGGUGUCUAUGGACCAGCUCUUCAAGGGGAAGAAGGGAGUUCUCUUUGCUGUGCCAGGGGCCUUCACUCCUGGGUGUUCCAAGACUCACCUUCCAAGCUUUGUGGAGCAGGCAGCAGAGCUGAAGAGCAAGGGUGUACAGGAGGUCGCCUGCGUCUCCGUUAACGACGCAUUCGUUAUGGCUGCCUGGGGAAAGGAACAUGGAGCAGAAGGCAAGGUGCGAAUGCUAGCUGAUCCUACUGGAGAAUUCACUAAGGCAGUGGACCUGUUGCUAGACAACGAUCAGAUUGUGGCUGCACUUGGAAACAAGCGCUCUCAGAGGUACGCUAUGGUGGUGGAGGAUGGAGUUGUGAAGAAGAUCAACGUGGAGCCUGAUGGCACCGGCCUCAGCUGCAGCCUGGCUUCCAACAUGCUCUCUGAGCUGGUGUAGGCCUAUUGGGACCAGAGCACUCCAACCACAGAAGUCUUAACUUUAUUUACUACUCACUAUCAUUCUAGUUUACCUGACCCUUCUUUUCACAUCUGUGCAACCAUGAUCUAAGGCAGUGGCAGGAAAUAGAUGUGGUUUUAAUGUACAGCCAUUGUAAGCUGGAGUACAAAACUGAUUUAAAAAAAAAUAGAUGUGCUCAAGACUGCAAA